GUCAUUACUGGUAAAUGAAAUGUAAAUACAUAUCGGUAAAAUUUGGUGAAACCUUAACUUUCCUAAAUAAAGUAACGUGAAUCGUAUUCAGAAUGGUCUUUUAUUUUACCAGCAGUGUGGUUUCACCAUCUGUAAUUUUAUUUAUGGGUGCAGAUAAACACGAAAAUGAAGAUCUCAUUAAGUGGGGCUGGCCAGAAGAUGUAUGGUUCCAUGUCGAUAAAGUAUCUUCCGCCCAUGUUUACCUUCGCUUAGCACCUGGUCAAACAAUUGAUGAUAUACCAAACUCGGUUCUGGAUGAUGCGUGCCAGUUGGUAAAGGCUAAUUCAAUUUUGGGUAACAAAAUGAAUGAUAUUGACAUUGUUUACACCAUGUGGUCAAACCUUAAGAAAACCCCCUCAAUGGAGGUUGGACAAGUAGCAUUUCACAAAGAUAAAGAUGUGAGGAAAGUCAGAGUGGCUAAAAGAAAUAAUGAGAUAGUUAAUAGACUUAAUAAGACUAAAAAGGAAGCAUUCCCAGAUUUAAGGCAAGAGAGAGAAAAUAGAGACAGGGAAGAAAGAGAAGACAAGAAAAAGGUAAUGAGAGAGAAGAAAGAAAAAGAAAAGGAAGAAGAGAAAAGAAAGAAAGAAGAAGCAGAGCUUAGAAGUUAUUCUACUUUGAUGAAAUCUGAAAAUAUGACUACUAAUUAUGAUGGCAAUGAUUCUGAUGAUUUUAUGUAAAAACCAAUCCAAUACCUAAUAUAAAACAUUUCUGUUCCCUA